AUGGCUGUCAAUACAAAGCCAGUUGUAAUGAAGAGUCCAUCAAAUGAUCAACAAAUGAGACCAACGGAUGAAACACAAGAAGUGAAUCAAAGUAUUAAUGAUAACAACAAUGACGUGAAUGAAGACAUGUUUGCCAUCAAUGGUCUUGAGUUGGGAACCGUUAUCAAAGAAGAACCCGAAGAUUACUCUCUGGAACCGAUGAAUACACAACUCAUUAAUAAAUCCUCAAUAAGUUUAAUGAAUACAGAAAUGCAAACACAAGUGAACAGCACUUCAAAGCCAUCGACUUCUCAAUCAUCACAAGAGAUGGUAAACAUAGACUCGAAUGAAGACUUGACGGAAAUAUCAUUAAUUGAAUCGAUGUCUCAAUUCUUGUGUAAAAAUAAGUCUGAAAGACAGAAAUGCUUUGAUUUAAAUACAAAUGCAUUCAUUUGUCCCAUAAAUGAGUGUCACAUGUGUUUCCAAACGGACAACAACUUUGUUAAGCAUUUCUAUAGAAAACAUACUUCAAGACAAUACAAGUGCACUCAUGAGGGCUGUGGUAAAGCCUAUAAAACAAUAGAUGGUUUAAAAAAACAUGUAUUGGUUCACAAAAAUAUCAAAUCAUUUCAUUGUCCACACAAUGGCUGUCAAUACAAAGCCAGUUGUGAGGAAUAUUUGAAACGACAUCUGAAGAGACACUCAACGGAUAAAGUCUUGAGAUGUGAUGUCAAUGGAUGUGAUUAUAAGACCUGUCAUAACGAGUAUUUGUCAAAACACAUGAAAACACAUCACAACAUAAUUAAAUCAUAUGAAUGUCAUUAUAACGGCUGUCAAUAUAAAUGCGUUAACAAUAAGUUAUUGACAUCACAUCUGAAGACACACUCAACAGUAGGAAUAGUUGAAGUGAGCACAUGUACUGUCAGUGACUGUCAGACGGCACUCUUGAAUGUCUACCGUUUGACACACGGGUCCGAACCCAUCAUCACGUGUGGGGUCGACGGCUGUAAUUAUAUGUCUCAUACGUAUUCCCAACGCGUGAGACAUCGGGUGUCGGUUCACAGCCGACGGUCGCAUAGCUAUCGCAGAGGAAAACAAUGUGAAUGGAAGGCAAAAACAACGACACAAGAAGUGAUGCAAACAAUGCGUGACAACACUGAAGGAGUAAAUGAAGACAUGUUUGACAACAACAGCAAACCCGUGGAAACCAGACUUAUUGUCGGCAAAUCCCAGAGCUUGGAGUUGAAGUGUGGGGUCACUGACUGUCAGAUGAUAUUCGCAUCAAAAGAGGAUUUGUAUAAACAUUUAGAUAAACACAUGAAUGAUCUCGAGUUGAGAUCAGUUGUCUGUGAAGAACCCGAAAAUAAUUGUGUGGAACCAUUGAAUACAGAAAUGGAAACACUAUUGAACAGCACUUCAAAGCCAUCGACAUCUCAAUCAUCACAACAAUUGGUGGUAAACGAAGACAUAAAUUGA